AGGAGGAGAAGGAAGCAGAAGGGCGGGGCUUAGCGGCGCGUGCGCGAUUCUGUUGCUGCCCCUUGGCUUGCUAUUGCGUUGCACAAAAAAAGAGAAAAAAAAAAAAAAAAAAAGAAAGUCGUGCCCGGGGAGCUGUGGGGCCUUUUCUGUGCUAGAGAAUCUAAUGGAGAAAGAUUUCUGCAACUGGAGGACAGUCGGGUAGUAUUCCGUUGAAGAUAUUAACGCCCACCCGCGCUCCCAGGCGUGCGGGAGAGGGGUGGGGAAAGGGCCGUGGCGCCGAGAGCCCCAAGUAUCGUCACAUUCAUUCGUUUUCGGGGCCGGACGUUUCGAACGGCUUUGCAGAUCCGAUUUUCUGCGUCAUCCCUUUGGUCCAAACACAAGCCCUUGAACAACAUCGAUAAAACCUUGGCAACCGGCAAGCCGCUGCUGGCAGCGCGUCGGGAGACGCCAGCGCGCCGGGCCGCGGCCGAGGAGCCUCGCGCGGCCGCCGUCCCCACCCCCUGGCCGCCCUCCCGUCUCCGGCGGCUCUUGGCGCACACGCACCGAUCGUUCGGCCGCUCCCGCCGCCGUCGCCGCCGCCGCCAGAGAAGCCAGCGGCGCUUGUGCAGACCGGGAAGAUGGCGGCCGGCGGCGGCGGAGGCAGCAGCAAGGCCUCCUCCUCGUCGGCCUCGUCGGCGGGGGCUCUGGAGUCCUCGCUGGAUCGGAAACUGCAAUCGGUCACCAACACGAUGGAAUCCAUUCAAGGCUUGUCGUCCUGGUGUAUCGAGAACAAGAAACACCACAGCACGAUCGUCUACCAUUGGAUGAAGUGGCUCCGGAGAUCUGCAUAUCCCCACCGCUUGAAUCUCUUUUACCUUGCCAAUGAUGUCAUACAGAACUGUAAAAGGAAAAAUGCAAUCAUAUUCCGUGAGUCGUUUGCUGAUGUACUUCCUGAAGCAGCUGCUCUAGUGAAGGAUCCAUCUGUUUCCAAGUCUAUAGAACGAAUCUUUAAAAUCUGGGAAGAUAGAAAUGUAUACCCAGAGGAAAUGAUUGUGGCUCUGAGAGAAGCUUUGAGUACCACUUUCAAAACUCAGAAGCACCUGAAAGAAAAUCAGAACAAACAACCGAAUAAGCAGUGGAAGAAAUCACAAACAUCCACAAAUCCAAAAGCUGCUCUCAAGUCUAAGAUAGUUGCUGAAUUUCGAUCUCAGGCCCUCAUUGAAGAGCUGUUACUGUAUAAGCGCUCAGAGGAUCAAAUAGAAUUGAAGGAAAAACAGUUGUCAACCAUGCGGGUGGAUGUGUGCAGCACAGAAACUCUCAAAUGCUUGAAAGAUAAAACAGGAGGGAAAAAGUUCUCCAAAGAAUUUGAAGAGGCAAGUUCCAAACUGGAGGAAUUUGUGAACGGGUUGGAUAAACAAGUGAAAAAUGGUCCCUCACUAACAGAAGCACUGGAAAAUGCUGGAAUUUUCUAUGAAGCACAGUACAAAGAAGUAAAAGUAGUAGCUAAUGCAUAUAAAACCUUCGCUAACCGAGUUAACAAUUUAAAGAAGAAGUUGGAUCAGUUAAAGUCAACCCUCCCUGAUCCUGAGGAAUCCCCGGUCCCUUCCCCAAGCAUGGAUGCUCCCUCCCCAACUGGUUCUGAGUCUCCUUUCCAGGGGAUGGGAGGUGAGGAAGCUCGCUCACCGGUCGUGGAGAGUGAGAAGUCUGCCACCCCUGAACCUGUGACAGAUAAUCGUGAUGUGGAAGACAUGGAACUCUCAGAUGUGGAAGACGAUGGAUCCAAAAUCAUUGUGGAAGAUAGAAAAGAAAAGCCCGUGGAAAAGUCAGCUGUAUCAACUUCUGUACCUACAAAGACAACGGAGAAUCUCUCAAAGGCCUCUUCUUGUACCCCAGUGCCUGUGACCGUGACAACAACCCCACCACCUCCAAAGCCCACAAAUACUUCUCUUCUGUCCCCUUCCCCAGCGUUGGCUUUGCCAAACCUGGCCAAUGUAGAUCUUGCAAAGAUCAGUUCCAUCCUUAGCAGCCUGACAUCAGUCAUGAAAAACACGGGGGUCAGUCCUGCAUCAAGACCUUCUCCAGCAACUCCUACCAGUCCCAGCAACCUCACCAGUGGUCUGAAAACACCUGCUCCCGCCACAACAACACCUCACAACCCUCUGGCAAACAUCCUCUCCAAGGUGGAGAUCACCCCAGAGAGCAUACUGUCUGCUCUUUCCAAAACCCAGACACAGUCAGCCCCUACACUGCAAGGGUUGUCAUCUCUGCUGCAGAGUGUUACUGGGAACCCAGCUCCAGCCAGUGAAGCCAUGGCCCAGAGCACUUCAGCCUCCCCUGCCAGCACCACAGUCUCAACUGUAAAGGGAAGAAAUCUGCCCUCCAGUACUCAGCCGUUUAUCUCCAAAAGCUUCAGCUAUUCUCCUAAUUCAUCCACCUCUGAAGUCUCCUCCACUUCAGCCAGCAAGGCCUCAAUUGGGCAAAGCCCCGGGCUCCCAAGCCCCACUUUCAAAUUACCAUCCAGCUCCCUGGGGUUCACAGGUACCCACAGUACCAGCACUGCCGCCCCACCUACUGAAGUUGCCAUGUGCCAGUCCUCAGAGGUCUCCAAGCCCAAGCUGGAGUCAGAAUCCACCUCCCCAAGCCUGGAAAUGAAGAUCCACAAUUUCUUAAAAGGUAACCCUGGUUUCAGUGGCUUAAACUUAAACAUCCCAAUCCUGAGCAGUUUGGGGUCCAGUGCUGCAUCAGAGAGCCAUCCCUCGGACUUCCAGCGUGGCCCUACCAGUACGUCGAUCGACAACAUUGAUGGGACCCCCGUGCGGGAUGAACGGAGUGGGACGCCCACCCAGGAUGAGAUGAUGGACAAGCCCACAUCCAGCAGUGUGGACACCAUGUCCCUGCUUUCUAAGAUCAUUAGCCCGGGCUCCUCAACACCCAGCAGUACCAGGUCACCACCCGCUGGGAGAGAUGAAAGCUACCCCCGAGAGCUCACCAAUUCUGUGUCUACAUACCGGCCCUUUGGCCUAGGCAGUGAAUCUCCCUAUAAACAGACUUCUGAUGGAAUGGAGAGACCAACGUCCCUGAUGGACUCUUCACAAGAGAAGUUCUAUCCAGAUACUUCUUUCCAAGAAGAUGAAGAUUACCGUGAUUUUGAUUAUUCGGGGCCUCCCCCCUCUGCCAUGAUGAACCUAGAGAAGAAGCCAGCCAAGUCUAUCCUCAAGUCCAGCAAGCUUCCCGAUGCCACUGAGUACCAGCCAAUCCUGUCCAGCUACAGCCACAGGGCCCAAGAAUUUGGGGUGAAGUCCACCCUCCCUCCAGCUGUAAGGGCCCUCCUGGACUCCAGUGAGAACUGUGACCGACUCUCAUCUUCCCCUGGGCUAUUUGGUGCCUUCAACAUAAGGGGGAAUGAACCCGGGUCUGAUCGGUCACCAUCACCGAGUAAGAGCGAGCCGUUUUUCACCCCUGACUCCAACCACAAUAGUUUGUCUCAGUCUACCACAGGGCAUCUCAGUUUGCCACAGAAGCAGUACCCAGACUCUCCACACCCAGUCCCACAGCACUCCCUUUUCUCUCCACAGAACACCCUUGCUGCUCCCACAGGCCACCCUCCCACCUCAGCCAUUGAGAAAGUUCUGGCCGCCACCAUUUCCACCACGUCAACAAUUGAGUUUAAGAAUAUGCUUAAAAACGCCUCGCGCAAGCCCUCAGAUGAGAAGCCUUUUGGCCAGACCCCCAGCAAGGGCACUCCAAGCGAUAGUGUUGCUCUCUCCAACCUUGCACAGCCCAGCUUGAGCGCCACUGACCCCCAGCAUCAAGAGGAGCACUACCGCAUCGAGACACGCGUCUCCUCCUCCUGCCUAGACUUGCCUGAUAGCACGGAAGAAAAGGGGGCCCCUAUAGAGACCCUAGGGUACCAUAAUGCUUCCAAUAGGCGGAUGUCAGGGGAGCCGAUCCAGACUGUAGAGUCCAUCCGUGUUCCUGGGAAGGGAAACCGAGGACAUGGGCGCGAGGCUGCAAGGGUGGGUUGGUUUGAUCUGAGCACAUCAGGCAGCGCUUUUGACAAUGGCCCCUCAAGUGCCUCUGAGCUGGCAUCCCUCGGGGGUGGGGGCAGCGGCGGCCUUGCUGGCUUUAAAGCAGCACCAUACAAGGAACGGGCACCUCAGUUUCAGGAGAGUGUCGGCAGCUUUCGUUCCAACAGUUUCAACUCAACAUUUGAGCAUCAUCUGCCCCCGUCCCCCUUGGAUCACGGGACGCCCUUCCAGAGAGAUCCAGUGGGGCCGACAUCUGCCCCGUCCGCCCCUCCUAAGGAUCAUGGCGGUAUCUUCUCUCGAGAUGCACCCACUCAUCUACCCUCUGUGGAUCUUUCGAACCCCUUCGCCAAGGAGGCAGCCCUGGGCCACGCUGCCCCGCCCCCUCCUCCUGCUGAGCACAGUGGAGUUCCUUUCCCAGCCCCGCCCCCUGCUCCUCCUUCCGGGGAACUUAGCAGUGGGGGGAGUGGUGUCCCCUUUUCUUCUCCACCCCCUCCCCCGCCCCCAGUCGACCACUCUGGGGUUGUGCCCUUCCCAGCCCCACCGCUAGCAGAACAUGGAGUGGCAGGGGCUGUGGCAGUGUUUCCCAAGGACCAUAGUGCCCUCCUUCAAGGGGCUCUGGCUGAGCAUUUCGGGGUACUCCCAGGACCCAGGGACCAUGGGGGCCCCACCCAGCGGGACCUGAAUGGCCCUGGCCUUAGUCGUGUGCGCGAGAGCCUGAGCCUACCCUCCCACUCUCUGGAGCACCUGGGCCCCGCCCAUGGAGGAGGAGGCGGGGGGAGCAGCAGCGGCAGUGGCCCCCCCCUGGGUCCCUCACACAGAGACACCAUCGGCCGGAGUGGCAUGAUUUUACGGAGUCCCCGGCCGGACUUUCGGCCUAGGGAACCUUUCCUCAGCAGAGACCCGUUCCACAGUUUAAAAAGACCCCGGCCACCUUUUGCUAGGGGCCCUCCGUUCUUUGCACCAAAACGCCCAUUCUUCCCUCCCAGGUACUGAUGGAAACCAAGGGAAAGGCAUUUUGAACAGUCUAGAGAGCAUUGGGUGUAGGAAUUCGGUUUAAUGCUGGUUUUGUUUUUCCUCGAUUUGUUUUGUUUUUGUUUUUUAUUAUGGCAAAGGGCCUCCCUUCUAAAUUAACAAGUUACAUAUCCUUACAUUUCACUUUGCCAUCCGGUCCUCCUUCCCACUGCACUUACCUUCCUUCCCCAAGUUGUUUGUAUUUAGAAGGGGAAAAAAAUCACAACACAAAGCCACUUUAUUUGGCUGGGGGCUUGGGGAGUGGGGAGGCAAAUGAUCUUUCUUUGAUCCCGUCUACCGAAGAGUUUAUUACGUUUGAAAUAAAACUUCCAUCAGUACAGAUGACAACAUGUGCAAUGUUGGGAUAUUAUUUUGGGCUUGACUCACCAAGCAGCCUACGAAGGAUUCCUGGCCCCUUCUCUCGAUCCCACUCAGUAACUGUUGUGACCAGCUUGGCUCUGUGCCCUGGGUGGUCCAAGCCUUGCUGACGGCCAAGAAGUUGCAAGUAAGGAAGAGGGGAGACCUGGAGCCUGUCAAGUUCAUUUCUUUUUUUGUUUUUGAAGGCAUGUUACCCUUCUGAAAAUCUUAAUUUUUCCUGUUGAAUCAGCUACUUACUCUUAAAGUACUGUCUGAUACAAAGCUUUGUCUGUCCUAGUAGAAGUUUUUCUCUUAAGUCUUGAAAUGAGAGAGGCUAGGUAUCAUUUUCAAGGUUAAAACAAAGAGUGACCACAGCGUAUCAAGUUAUGGAAAGAACCAUUAAUCACAUCAUGUAAUGUGACUUGCCUGUCCUUUGUAAAUGAGAGAAUAGAAAACAUUCUGAGGUAGUUGUACCUGGGUUGUCCCGCCCUCUAGCUUCCUGCAUUUUCACUCUCAGUUUUCACUCUUACUUUAGCAAAAUGGGAAGUCACUGCAGUUGACAGUUGAUUGAAAGGUGCGACUGUGAGCCAUCCCUACAGAUUUUCAUGUAAGAAGUUGAGAUAGUUUUACCAUUCUGCCUCCCUGUUGUGUUCAUCAUUAGAGGUGUUCCGCCAAAGUUAACAGUGACAAGAAGGCAUUGGUCUGUGUCUCCAGUUUCCCCUUUGCUCAGACCUGUGUUCACCCUUGUUGCUGGGGUUUCCCAGGAGAUUGUCCCCAUCAGAUGUAGCCUGGAGGCUGCUGGGCAGCUGGAGGCCGUGCUGCAGGCGCUGCAGCCCCAUCCUGGAAAGCACUUCUCUGCCCUUGGUCAUUUUGCACCAGUGAAUAUGCACUUGCCUUCUCGCAGUACAUGAAGGCUUGUGUUUCCCCAGCUAGUUUUGGGGAAGAAUGCAGUCACUGUGCUUGCAUUGCUUGUUUCUAGGGAGGUUAAAAAACCAGCACUGCUCUGCUGACCCCUGUGUGGGUACUGGUGUUUUACUCCGUGGUUCACGCAGAGCAUCUGCAGCUGAAGGGAAGAGAGCAGUAGGUUUCUGAGGGAACAACAGGAGUUUCAUAUAUCUUCCUCCCAAGUUAAUGUGGAGCUAACUGGAAGAGGGGUAAGAGUGGCACAGUGUUCAUCCCUCAGAAUAUGCAAGUUGGGAGAGGAUGGACAGUAAUUGCCAGGUGAUUCUACAAACUUGCCUUUCACAGAAAGCAGCUUAAAAUAGGUGUGCAGCGCAGCUUGCGAGCUAUUGUGUGAUUUGUCCGUGGUGCCUCUUGGGGCUCAGUGCGUGUUCCAAGGUUAGGACACUGCAGGUCUCCCAGUGCACGUGUGUGAUGUUUAUUUGGUGCUCUUGAGCCUCUGCCCCAUAACUCUCCCUGCAGAAGUGCUUGAUACUAUGACCUUGUGUGGGGGACAGGAGACAUAGUGUAGCAGAGCAAAGGAAGUAUAGUCCUGUUGAAUCCUAAGACAUUAGUUUAGGGAAAACACAAGACGAGAGUGGGGGUGGGCUGGAGAUUCCAUUUGGCUUUCAGAACUGAAAUAGAAUUUUCUUGUUAUGAUUUUUGCAAAAAUGAAGUGUGUUGUUUUUCAUCCUGGAUAAAAGAAUGUGAAUUUCUGCUGCUGCUGUUUAAGUUAAAAAUAGUGUUUACUCAGAAAGGCUCUCUGACUGCUUGGUUUUAUCAGAAAACGGGCUGUGAAGGAGGAGGCUUCCUGAAUGUGAGGGCAGGGUGAUUACCCUCACAACGUGAUGGCUAGCACACGGAAGGAAUACUGUUGGACACUUGCCGAAAGGUGGACCUAGGGGGUCGAUUUUAUUUUCUGAGGUGUUCAGUGUGUUUCAGGGUGGAAGUGAGGAUCUGUGUGAAGCUGUCCAUUUUAAGGAGAUCUCUCCACAGCAUUCAAGACAACAAUGUAUAUAUGUGCUAUAGUGAAGCAACAACAACAAAAAGGACAGUUCUGGUAUUCAUAAUAUGAAAGGGGUUUUAUUCUUUCUGUGUCUGUGAUUUAAAGCUACCGUGACCAUGCUUUUGUACUUCAAACCGAGUUAAAAAUAAUAAUAAACAAGCUAUUUUUUAAAGAAAGCAUAGCAUAGUGUGUGUUGGCAAGGCAUGAUUCAUGUGAAAGCAGAAGACGAGUUGUUAAACGGAGGGCCUCAGCGCGCAACGGUGCCAGGACUACGGCAGCUGAGUGAGGCAGGGCAGGACCAAGGGCCCUUGGGGGUUUUCCAAGAGCUCCUUCUCCUGGUGGCUGAGAUGAGUGCUUCCACCUGCGUCCCUCUGCCCCCACAAGCUUCAGGGGUCAGUAGUAUUUGGUCUGAGCCCAGGGAGGGUGAGGUGAGAAGUAGGACUUUGGUCCUUUCUGAUACCAGGAAUACAGUGUGUGACAUACAUGGUACAGAAAACCUGUCUUGAUAAUGUGAAUAUGCUACACUUCUUCAUUGCAAGAGAUUCACUAUCAGUCCUCCAGUUACCGGUUCCUGCAGAAUUAAGCUGAAGCUGAUAUAUUGUUUUGAAGCCGCUGUAAAUUACUGCUUCUCCCCCCUCCCAUUUUUUCCUUUUUUUUUUUUUUAAAUGAGGGGGGGGUGCCUGUUAAGAUUAAAGUCAGCUCUGUUGGAUUGAUAUUCUCACGUGUUCAGUGUGGAAAGCAAAACAAGGCCAUGCUUGAGAGGCAACGACAAAUCCUUUUGAAAAUGUGUAUUAACAUCAUUUAAUAAAAUAACCGAGUUGUAAA